CCUCGCCAUCUCCACCCCUUCGCGCCCUCCAUCCGUCCAGCGCAAGAGCCGUCUCUGCUCCGUCUCUGCUUGCCGCUUCUGCUCUUGGCCUGCGCUCUUCACAGCGCUCGACGUCCCUGCCUGUCGAGGCAGCCCUUCCCUCGGCGCCGCUGCAGCCAUGUCGUCCUUCUUCGCGAAGCAGCAGCAGGUCGCCGCGCUGGACCCGCGCCUCGGCGGGCUCAUGGCGUCGGCGGGCCUGUACAAUCUCAAGUCGCUCAUCAAGGCCAUCCGCGCAUGCAAGACGCACGCCGAUGAGCGAGCCCUCAUCCAGAAGGAGUCGGCGCAGAUCCGCUCCGGCUUCAAGCAGGCCGACCCGUUUGCGCUGCACAACAACAUUGCCAAGCUGCUCUACAUCCACAUGCUCGGCUAUCCGGCGCAUUUUGGGCAGAUCGAGUGUCUCAAGCUCGUUGCGACGCCGCGCUUCACCGACAAGCGCCUCGGCUAUCUGGGCAUCAUGCUGCUGCUCGAUGAGAACACUGAGGUGCUGACGUUGGUCACCAACGGCCUGAAGAACGACAUGGAGCACUCCAACAUGUACGUCGUGGGCCUGGCGCUGUGCACGUUUGCGAACAUCGCCAGCGAGGAGAUGUCGCGCGACCUGUCCGACGAGGUGCUGCGGCUGAUGGGCAGCAGCAACACGUACAUCCGGCGGAAAGCUGCGAUCUGUGCGAUGCGCAUUGUGCGCAAGGUGCCGGACCUGCUGGAGAACUUCACCGAGCGGGCGCGCCAGCUGCUUUCCGACAAGAACCACGGCGUGCUGCUGUGCGGCGUGACGCUGGCGAUUGAGAUCUGCCGGCAGGACGAGGCGGCACUGGCAGAGUUCAGAGAUCUGGUGCCGCUCAUGGCGCGCCACCUCAAGGCACUCGUCACGACGGGCUACUCGCCCGAGCACGACGUGUCGGGCAUCACAGAUCCGUUCCUGCAGUGCAAGAUCCUGCGUCUGCUGCGCCUGCUCGGCAAGGGCGACGCGGCGGCGUCCGAGGCGAUGAACGACGUGCUGGCGCAGGUGGCCACCAACACCGAGGCGAGCAAGAACGUCGGCAACGCCAUCCUCUACGAGACGGUGCUCACGGUGCUCGAGAUUGAGGCUGACAAUGGCCUGCGCGUCAUGGCCAUCAACAUCCUGGGCAAGUUCCUGGGCAACCGCGACAACAACAUCCGCUAUGUUGCGCUCAACACGCUCAACAAGGUCGUCACGAUGGACACCAACGCCGUGCAGCGGCAUCGCAACAUCAUCCUCGACUGUCUGCGCGACGGCGACAUUUCGAUCCGGCGCCGUGCCCUCGAGCUGUCGUAUGCCCUCAUCAACGAGUCCAACGUGCGCGUCCUCACGCGCGAGCUGCUCAGCUUCCUCGAGGUGGCGGACAAUGAGUUCAAGCUCGGCCUCACGACGCAGAUCUGCCUCGCGGCGGAGAAGUUUGCGCCGAAUCGCCGGUGGCACAUUGACACGGUGCUGCGCGUGCUCAAGCUGGCCGGCAACUACGUGCGCGAGGAGGUGCUCUCUGCCUUUAUCCGCCUCACUUGCCACACGCCCGAGCUGCAGGCGUACACGGCCCAGAAGCUCUUCUCUGCGCUGCACGCCGACUUCUCGCAGGAGUCCCUCACGCUGGCCGCCGUGUGGGUGAUUGGCGAGUUCGGCGAGACGCUGCUGCAGGGCGGCAGCUACGACGAGGAGGAGGCGGCGCGCGAGGUGCAGGCCAAGGACAUGGUCGACCUGCUCGCCUCGGUGCUCGACUCGCCCUAUGCCAACUCGCACAUCCGGCAGUGGGUGCUGACGGCGCUGGCGAAGAUGACGACGCGCAUCUCCGACUCGGCACAGCAGGCACGCAUCGAGCGCCUGCUGCACGGCUACGACGCCAGCGUCGAGGUGGAGAUCCAGCAGCGCGCCGUCGAGUUUGGCGCGCUGCUGGCGCGCAAGGACAUUCGCGCAGGCGUGCUGGAGCCGAUGCCGCCGCCGGAGAUCCGGCAGACGGUCGUGGGCACGGUCAGCGAGAAGCGCGCCGUCGGCUCUACGCGGACAGACAAGGAUGCCCUGCUCGACCUCAUGGGCGACGAGAUGCCAUCAGGCGGCGCACAGGCUGCAGCCGGCGGCGCAGCACCGGCUGCCUCGGCACAGAGCACGCAGGACCUGCUGGCCGACAUCUUCGGCGGCAUGGGCAACGAUGCGCCGGCCUCUGCCGCCAUCUCUCCGAGCAGCGCGCAGCCAAAGUCGUCCAUGAGCGACAUCAUGGGCCUGUUUGGCAAUGAUGCGCCUGCUGCGUCGGCGCCGGCGCCGUCAUCGUCGUCGUCAGGCCUGGAUGGCCUGAUGGGCAUGAGCAGUGCGCCCAGCGCCUCUACAGGCCUUGGCGGUCUGGACAUCUUUGGCGGCGCCGGGCCCUCGUCACAAGCCACCUCACCGCCCAUUGCCGCUGCUUCGCCGCCACCUGCUGCCGCACCAGCCGCCGCUGCUGCGCCGCGGCAGUACACGGCGUACGACCAGAAGGGCCUGCGCGUCACGCUGGCGCCAUCGAUCAGCGCCGCACGGCCCGACGUCGUCAAUCUGACGGCGCGCUUCAUGAGCACGGCGGGCGAGGUCAGCGGCGUCAACUUCCAGGCCGCUGUGCCGAAGAGCCAAAAGCUGCAGAUGCUCGCGAUCUCCAACCCGACCGUCUCGCCGGGCAAGACGGAGACGCAGCAGCUGCGCGUCAUGAUCCCCGCCGGCGCACAAGUGCGGCUGCGUCUGCGCAUUGGCUUCACGGCCGACGGCACGGCGAACCAGGAGCAGGUGGAUUGGACGCUGCCGGCU